AUGUGGGGGGACAUUUGGUGGUUCGGUUGCGAGGUUGUGGAUUGGUUAGUUGGUGUGCGGAUGUUAGUGGGAUGGGUUUGUUGGGGGUUGGGGUGUGUGUGUGUGGGUGAGCUUGGGGGGGUUUUGAAGGCUGGGGGGUGGAGGUGGGGUAUUGGGAGGGGUGGAGUGUGUAGUUGUGUGGGGUCGUGUUUGGAGGGUUGUGGGGGUUGGGGUGUGUGGCUGUGGGGGUGUGGUGGGUGUGUGUGUGUUUUUUGGUUGGGUAAGUGGUGGUGGGGUAGGAUUGUGUGGGGUGGGGGUUGGUGGGGGUGUUGUGUUGGGUGUGUUGGGGGUGGGUGGUGGGUCGUUGGGGUGGGGGUGGUGGUUGGGUUUGUGGUGUUGGUUGGGGUGUGGGGAGAUUAUUUGGGGUGUAGUAUGGGUUUGGUGUGUGAGUGUUGUGUUGAGGGGGUGGGGGGUUGUCGUUGGGUGGUGGUGGGUGUUGGUUAUUUGUGUGAGUGCGUGGUGGGUGGUGUGGAGGAGGUUGGGUGUCGGGGUGGUGGUCGCGGAUUGGGGGUAGUGUGUAGUGUGGUGGUCGGUGUGUGUGUGGGAGGGGGGUAUGCGUUGUUUGUUGGCUCCUUGGAGUUGGUGGGGGGUCGGGAGGGUGGUGGGUGCUGGGGGUGGUGGUGUGUGGGAGGGUUGUGUGUUGUGGUGUGCUUUGUGGUGGUGGGUAGGUGGUGUGGGGUGGUGGUGGCUGGGUUUGGUGUUCUGGUUUGGUUGUUAGUUGUGCGGUGGUGGUUUGGUGUUUGGACGGGUGAGUUUUGGUGUAGGGGUGUGGGGGUCGUUAGGUUGGGUGGUGGUGUGUGGGGGUGGUGGGAGCGGGGGUGGCGGGAUGUUUGUGGGUUAUUUGGGUGGUGUUUGCGUUUGUGGUGUUGGGUGCUUGUGUUGUUGAUUGGUGGGUGUGGUGGUGGGUGGUGUGGUGUGUUGAAGUGGGUUGUAGGAGUCGUUGUGUGGUUUGGUGUUGUUGUUAGGUUUGUGUGUGGUGAGGGUGGUGUUGGUUGUGUUGGGGGGUGUAGUGGUGGUUGUUGGUGUGUGUGGUGUAGAUGUUGGGGUGGGUGGGUUGUGUCUUGUUGGCGUGGAGGGAUAAAGGGCGUGGUGUGGUUGUCUGUGGGGAGUGUGGGUUGUGGUUUAUGGGUGGUGGUGGUUGUGUUUGUGUGUGUGUGGUGGUGUGGAGGUGUUGGGUUUGUGGGUAGGUAUGUUGUGGUGGUGGUUGGUUGGUGGUGUGUGUUUUGUUGGGUUGGGUUGUUUGUGGGUUUUUUGUGGUUAGGGGGGGAUGGAGUGGCUGGUCGAGGUGGUUGGUGGGUCGUGGUGGUCUGUGAGUUGGUUGGGGGGUUGGGAUGGGUUUUCGCCCGGGUUGGUAGUGUUUGUGAGUGUUGGGUGGGUGAGUGGUUUAGGUGGUGUGAUAGGUGGUUGGGGCUGGGUUUUGUUGUCGUGUGUUGGGUCGUGGCGGAUAAGAUGGUGUACUUACAGGGGGUUAUGUGGUGGAUGUGGGUGUGGAUAUGGUGCGUGGUGGGGAGUUGGCUGGGGUGGGGUCGGUUAAAUGGUGUGGUGGGGUUGUGUGUGAGGGGUGUUUUGUGUGGCGUACUUGGUGGUUGUGUUUGGGGUGCUGGUGUGGUGGGAGGUGUGGUGUUGUGGAUGUGUGGGGUCGGAGGGGAGUGUGUGAUGGUGUGUGGAGGGGGUUGUUGUGCGGUUUGUUGGGGGUGUGUGGGGGGUUUUGGUGGGUGCGUUGUGGGGGUUUGUGGUGUGUGUUGGCUGGUGAGGUGGGGGUGUGUGGGGGGGUAUGGUUGUGGGUUUGGUUUAGGGGGGCGGUGUCUUUGGUGGUUUUCAGAGAUGGUUGAUGGCGGGUGUUGGGGGGGGGUGGUGGGGGUAGUGGGGUGUCUGCGGUUUUUUGAUUGGGAGUGUGUGGGGUGGUUGGGUGUUGUGCUGGUUGGGGGCGUUGGGGGGUGUCGGGUUAGUUGGUUGUGUGUGUUGGAGGUGUCGUGUUGCGGUAGGACGGGGGGGUGGUGUGUUGGAGGUAGUGGGGGGUUGAUGUGCGGGGUUGUUGUUGGUGGUCGUAUGGGUCGAGUGGGGUUAGGGUUGGGGGUUGCUGGUGUGGGGGGUGGUGGGGUUAUGGCGUGUUAUGGGUUGGGUGUAGGGUGUUGUGAUAGGUUCCUGGUGUGGUUGGGUGUGGUGGGUUUCGGUGGAAGUUGA